AUGGAACAACUUGAUUCUUCAUGGAGUUACCAAGAUACCAUGGAUGACAUGAGACAGAAGCUUUUGUACACAAAUCUUGAACUUGAAAGACUCAAUAUGGAAGCAAAUGAAGAAAAGAAGAAGAACAAUCAAUUAAUCCAACUCAUAAAAAUGGCUUAUCAAGAAAGAGAUGAAGCAAGAGAUCAGCUUCAGACACUACUUAACAAAAUCAACCAGUCUCAUCUCCAAGUCGACAGUUCCCUAGCAAAGGCGCCAAAAGCAAAUUCGAGCACAAUUGAAUCGAAUAGCCUUAGUGAAACAUGCAAUUACCAAUCACAUAAUUCAUUGUCGCCUGUUGAGUCCUUUUUGGAUGUUGUCUCAUCCCCUGAGCUUUCCAAUGGCAUCAAUAUUGGUGAUUAUCCGCCCCUCGUGGACAAUAACAUUAUUCCGGUUUCAUGUCAUGUUGUUGUCCCUCAAGAAGUACCAAAAAUUGAUCAAGGUUCAUUGGUUAUCGAGUGUCUUGCUAAGAGAAAGACAUUGCCUCAACAAGGCAAGUUCCUACAAGCUGUUCUUGAUGCAGGGCCACUUUUGCAGACACUACUUGUAGCAGGUCCACUUCCUAGAUGGCGUAAUCCGCCUCAAUUUAAGCCGUUGCAUAUUCCUCCAGUUUCAAUUAAAGGUUGUGAAAGUGGUAUGAUCACACAGAAUACUACUCCGAAUUCUAGCUAUUUUGCUUCAUCACUGAUGAACUCUCAACCUUACUUUGAGAUGUCUUGUGCAUCAUCUCAAAUGUUGUCACCUUAUUUAGGAAAUCAGAAGUUGGCAUCUCCUGGUCCAAAUUGUAACAAUUUUGUCCACCUAGACAAGAGACAAAGGUUGCAGUGA